AUGGUGGAGCUCGAGGCUCUAGAGCGAGGUGACUGGAAGACACUCAAGGAGGAUGUCUCCGAAAGCGUGGUCGAUUCAACAGGGAUUGAGCUGGAUCUGAACCAGCCUGCUUCGAACUCAGCACGGCUUCUUGGCGCCUCUCAGCCUUUCACCUUGCGCGUCUUCGCCAUGAGCGGCCAGUGCCUCAUAGAGUUGGAGAUCCGGCCGCCGGAAGUGCCAAGGAUGGAAGAGCUGGCAGCACGGGUUAGCGCAGCCAUGAAGGUCUCUGCUGGAAGGGUGUCCCUCUUGAGCGGCACCGACAAGUUGCAACUCAGCCAGGACAUUUCCGUGCUCCCGAGGCAAGACGAUGAUCUUCUCGAGCUGCAUGCUAUCGCGGACGAGCUUGGCACCCGGCAAUUGGAGAUGCGGCCGGGAAGAGUGACUGCAGUGCAGCUUCAGGCGCCGACGAGGCUUCAGGUGGAGUUUGCACCCGGGGAAAUCUCGGAGCAGCACGCGCUGUCUCUGUCUUACAAGCACACGGUCGUCGUCAGGUCUGACAUCCCCAAGCUCGUGUACUCGACUCAAGUCGCGGGUGAGACCGACAUCGAAGUGUCCUCCAUGACGUUGCUUGCCACACUGCCGCUCAGCGCAUUGCAGGAGUUGUUGCUCACGCGCCUCAGCGUGAGCAUCCGGACAGAGGCGAUGAUGCCACCCGCAGGUGAGCGGACGUACCCCCGCCUCAUGGCUUUUCGAGAGUCGCAGUUCGAGAGGUGCAGCGUGCACAACGGCAACGAGCUCGUUUGGCUUGUCGGAAAGCUCGCAGCCUAUUGGGUCUUGGACUUCAUCGCGCUGCUGAUGUCUGCCAUUGUCGCCAUUGUGGAACUGGUUACAGGGAGCCCUUUGUUUGGGGCUUUGCUGGCAGCCUCCCUCUGGCUUCCCGGCUUCAUCUGGGCCUGCAGGUACCAGGCAUAUACCUUCGAUCGGAAGUUCGUGGGCAUUGGCGCCAUCAUGGUUUUGCCUGUCUGCUGUGCGAGCUGUUGCUGUGGGAUUGUGUGGCUUUGGGUUCCCUUGGGACUCCUGGCGGGCACCUUAGUGGUCAGCGGCUGGCACUUCUUGGGCCUGCUGCGGGUCCUUUGCAAGGAGGACAUCCCCUUGCCCUUCGAUUUGGAGAAGCUGUACUUGUUCGAGCUGUACAAGCGCGACGUGCGGCUCUUCAGCGACCUCCCGCGAUUGAUCCUACUGGCCAUGGUCUUCGCAAGGCAGCCAGGGAGUCGGUUCGAAAGCCUCGCCGGGCUGCUUGCUACAGUGCUGGCGGGAUCGGUCUCGCUGCUGCGCCAUCGACGAGCACUUUUCGAUGAAGCGUUUGAGCACUUCGAUGAUGUGACGAUGGAGCAGCUUUCCGACUGA